UUGGUGAUGGUCACUGAGCACAUUGGAUUCUUCUCUUGUUCGUCCACCUCCCUUGGCUUCCUCAGUAACCAUGUCUGAUAAACCCAAUAUGGCCGAGAUUGAGAAAUUCGAUAAGUUGAAAUUGAAGAAGACAGAAACACAAGAGAAAAAUCCACUGCCUUCCAAAGAAAGGAUUGAACAGGAGAAGCAAGUGGGCAAAUCAUAAUGAGGCCCACACC